AUGGGUCGAACCAAGGGUACGAGGGCACACUACCCUAAGCGAACACCGGGUCCUAUAGAUACCCUGGGGGGACCCAGGGUUGAAAGGACCAACGCGAUAUUAACGAAACCUCUUAUUAUAUCUCUACUACUAGCUCUAAUAGAUCUUACGCGUGCUAUUAAUAGUAUAACUAAACUAACUAUACCUAAUAUUAUUAUACUACUAUUAAUAUCGCGGAUACCCUCUAAUAGGCUAUAUAAUAGAUAUAUAAGAUAUAGGCUUCCUAAGAACUAA